GGCAUCGCAAACCCAAACUUUUUCAAACCGCAGGUUUUCAUCUGGCCCUGAUACAAACAAUAUGAAUUAAGAAAUACUCAGAAAUGAAAAUGUUCUGCAUUACGAGAAAAGGGCUACAAGAACAUGUUAAAAAGACAAUUUUUUCAUCGGAGUGGGUUUUUAAGCAUCGCAAAAAUAACAAAAGAAAUAUAUUUUAAUAAAAUAAAAACAGUCAUAAUAAUAAAACUGAUAUUUUUUUAUCCUUUCAUUUGUGGUGGCUGUCCAUUUGCCAUCCUUCCAAAGUCUUCUGCCCCCCUUCCCGCCCUCCAUGUAAAAUGUUGUAGCUCCGCCCCUGGUAGAAACUAAUUGAAAUGUCCUGCUUGGACACAUUGGUGAACACGGGUCUACCAUUAAAAUAUUUAAUAAUCUAUAAAUAUACUCAGUUAGAAGCUGGGAUGUUGUUUUAUCUACUGGUGGGGUGGAACAUCUCUUAGUGCCUCGUAUUAAAGUCCCACCUCAGGAAGAGCUCCGCAGCACCUCCCGCUUCCACGCAGGAGCGCAGCGGUGGGGCGCAGCAGUCAGUGUGCGCCAACAUCAGCCGCAGAGAUGCACGCAGACUGAGAGCUGAGAAGAAACACUCUCAAAGCCGAAAACAAACGAUCGCUAUGACGACCCCUGCAUUACGAGGUGAUUUUCCUGAAGCGCUCGCCAUGUGUUUGGAUUAAGUUUGCGCGUCAUCCGAAGGAGCUCCAUCUCUCCGUGCAGGGCGAAAUGAGGACAAGUGCCGGCUGCCGCGGAUGAUGAUGUCCCACAAUGAACGCAGAUUUCUCAAAGUCACUACAAGUUCCUCGACCGAAGGUUCGCAGUCAUCUCACCAUCAAGGUGCAGUCCAAGUUGAUGCCAAAGCCUUGCUCCUCUGUCCAAGGCCCCAAACCUCCCGUUGCCCCUAAACCCUGGUAUCAGCCUCGCCCACAGGAAACCCCCUGCCCUCAACAUGGCAUCAGCAAUGGAGAGCUGACUCACACUGAAGGGGAUCUUGAUGAGACCCGUGAAAUGGCUAAGGAGAAUCAUAACAGUGCGGAUAAAAAAGAGGCACAGGAUGGGCUUUAUGACAUAAGUGCAGGAGGGAAUGACAAAGAGGACACCAAAGAGGAAGAAACAGCAGUGGGAAGUAUAAAAGAAGCAGGAAUAUUAGAGGAUGGUGAUGCUGACAGCAUAAGUUCCAGCGACACAGUGAAAGCUGAUGAUUUGAUCAACACUACAGAGGAUGAAAACACUGACAGUGAGUUUAUUCAGUCUGAAGAUGUUGCAAAGGUUGAUGGUGAGACUUCUUCUCGGCCUUCUCUUGUCAUCUCUGAGGACGAAUCCGGAGGAGAUGAGGAGGAGAACGGUCACACUGUGAAUGUUGAUGGAUGUUCUGAAGCUCGUGAAGACUCAGAGGGAUGUGUAAAUGAACUCAACGUUGAUCAAACACAUUCUUUCGGCGAUGGGUGUGAAAGCAGUGAAAAGGCCAGUGAGAAAUCGAAGAACUGUUUGCCUUCUGGCUCUCAAACAAAUGAGAAUGAUCUGGAAGCUGAAGGGUUUGCAUUCGGAUUCAGCGUGCUCCCAACUCUCACAGAGGAGUAUCCUUACGAUUUGAUCGGGCUCACCGAUGAUGCCAGUGACACGUGCGAGUCAUGUGACCCAACUGAAACAGGAGAAACAGAGGUGUGGCAACCAGAGAGAGCCACAAAGGAUGUCUCUGGUUGUUUCCGAUUCACUUCUAGCACAGAGGAUGUGUUUGGACCUUACUCCGUCAUAGAGGCAGUUCCAGGAAACAUGAGUGGGACUGCAGACCCUGAGUGGAACCCAGAUGUGGAUGAUGAUAUUGCAACCGCAGAUGAAGUGCAAACGCAAGGUGCCUCUUGCCAGGAACCUUUCUAUGUAUCAUCAGAUGACGUGGACAAGCUCGAAGACAAGCAAACCCUCUCAGAACUGCAAAGCAUUAAAGAGGGGACAGAGUUGAUAGAAAAAGCAAAAGACAUUGACUCAGCGGAUGAGUAUGCGGACAUCGACAACACGCUCUGCACCAAAGAAGAUCAGUUCGAGCAGUCUGGAUGUGUCUCGUCAGAGGAUUACGUGGAGAUAGGCGAUGAAGAGGAAGAGGAGGAGAAAGUGGAAAAAAGACACAUCAAGGCAAAAAGUGCAAAAGAGAGGACAGCGAAACGAGAGCAGGCUUUCCAGAGGAAAAGCUGCCAGCCUCGCCUCAGGUUGUGCAACAUCACUGUGCCUGCAGAUUUGGACCUGGGCCGCACCCCGGAGCUCACCAACAGGGUGGUGUUUGCCCACACCACAGAGGCCUUUGAGGAAGACAUCGAAGAACUGGACUGCCAUAUUGUGCCUUACUAUGAAGACACAGACUCAGACAGCGAGGAGCACAUAUAUGAAGAGGCAAGGUUUGAAUCGGAUGGGGAGAACUUUAUAGCUCCUGAUCCAAAGUCUGCCGUCACCAGAUCACGAUCUUAUUCUGGGAAACUUCCCAGUAAUGUCCCUGAAACUGUACCAGAGGAGACAGUGACAGAAUAUCCGACUCACGACUACUACACUGUAACUUUGGAUAAGAACAGGGAACCCAUCAGCCCCUCACAACAGCUAGGAGUCAACGGUGCAAAUAUUCUGUCUUUAAACCCUUCAACACAGAACGAACUCAAGGAUGAGAUCAGGAUGAAGAGGAGGAAUGAAAAUCUUUCUCUUCCAUGCGUCAUAACUUCUUCAGGAAGCUUCUCUCACCGUGUCCAACAGUCAUCCAGUGGGAUCUCCACACCAACCUCUAUGGUGGAUAUACCUCCCCCUUUUGACUUUGUAUACAUCACAAAAAGGCCAGUGACCAAGAGCUCGCCAUCACUCCUGAUCCAACACGAACCCAACGAAAUACCUAAGAAAAAAAAGACUUCUUUCAAGCAUUUUUUUGCACUCAAGUUCAGGAAGAAGGCGGAUUCAAAAGGUUUCAGUGAUGGAAGUGUUCGCUCCUCGCGUUCUUCCUCAGCAUCCAGCCACCAUGGGCCUGCAAGAGUCAUUGAGCUUGAUAAUACCAGCAGUGGCAGCUCUCCCCAGCCUGGAUCCCACAUGACUAAAGUCAAGCAGCAUCCCUCGGACCUGCCACCCUCCUUCUUGCUCUACAAAGACCAGAGGAGUAAAGGAAACCCCAAAUCUUAUGGAAGGGAUGUCUCCAGAGUGAAGUCUUUCAAAGAGGACCCUCGGCGCUCCGUCAUGCCGCUGCCUUUGAACAAACCUCGCUCCAUCUCCUUCCCAAGUGCAGAUACUUCUGACUAUGAAAACAUUCCAGCCUUAAGCUCAGACUAUGAGAACAUCCAGAUUCCAAGACCAGUCAGAUCCCACACCGUCACAGAGUUUUUUGAGAAUCCAAGCCGAACAACUGCUCCCUACAAUGAGAACGAUGGCUAUGUGGAUAUGAACAGUUUUCCUGGGAUCGACAGGAAGCCUGAGACAUCAAAAGGAGAUUCUGAAAGUGCCUACACUGAGCCUUUCCCAAUGAACACUGUCCCCGCUGGACUGUCUGUGGAGGACGACCACGGACGGACAUCGGAGGAGGAAGAAGGGAUCUUGGAACAAGGUUUUGACAGACAGAUUGAUGGCCGGUCUCGAGCGUUCUACAUUGCCAAGGAGCUCGUGGACAGCGAGAGACUACAUGUCAAUGCUCUCAAGCACAUCCAGGAGGAUUUCAGGUCAGCAGUGGCCGAGGCGGUGAAUGCGGAGGGGGAGCCAGUGCUGGAGGAGCAAAGGUUGGGGGAGAUACUGAACGUGCUCCCACAAGUUUACAGCCUCCACUGUAGCAUCUUAGCCGACAUGGAGGAACGAAUUAUGCAGUGGGAAGAAAGCCAGAAGAUGGUGGAGGCGAUCUUGUCCCGUCAGGAUGAUUUCGGGGUGUUUGACACUUACAUCUGCCAGUACGAUCGCAGCAUGUCACUACUGAAGCAGAGCUGCAGGAACAACCCUGCUUUUGCCGGCAUCGUCAAGAAAUUUGAGACGAGAGGUGCAGAAGAAAGUGAAGUCCCACUAAAACACCAGCUGCUACAGGUCAUCGUGAGAGUACUUCAGUAUCGAAUGCUUCUUACAGACUACCUAAAUAAUCUUUCCCCUGAUUCAAAGGAAUACACUGACACUCAAGCUGCCUUGGUGAUCGUGUCCGAGGUGGCAGAUCAGGCCAAUGACAACCUCAAACAGGGGGAGAACUUGUUGCGUCUGGUCCACAUCGAGUACAGCGUGAAAGGAAAAAGGGAUCUUCUGAAACCUGGAAGAAUAUUUGUCAAAGAGGGGACUCUCAUGAAGGUUUCCAGGAAGAGCAGGCAGCCACGACACCUCUUUCUGAUGAAUGACAUGAUGUUGUACACCUACCCUCAGCAAGAUGGCAAAUACAGACUUAAGAACACCCUGCCUUUAUCAGGAAUGAAGGUGAGCAAACCUGCGCUGGAAAAUGUGCUCAACUGUCUUAGGAUUGAAGUGUCUGACAUCACCAUCACCCUCUCUGCAAGUUCGGUUGGAGAACGAGAAGACUGGUUCCACACACUGAGCCGAGCAAUAGCAGACCACGCUGCAGGCCUCUGCACGUUUGGCGGCCCUUGCAGUGAGGCCCGUGAGAAACUGUGGAUGGCCCUUGGGGAAACUGCACCCGUCCUGGUUCCAGUUUCACAAGUGAUGAUGUGCAUGAACUGCACUACUGAUUUCAGCCUCACACUCAGACGACACCACUGUAACGCCUGCGGAAAGGUGGUAUGCCGAGCGUGCUCAAGACACAGAUACCCUCUGAAGUAUCUCAAAGAUAGGAUGGCAAAAGUGUGUAACCUCUGUUUUGCUGAACUGGAGAAAAAAGGUGGCAGCGUUCCAGCAGCUUGUGAUAACUCCAGCCUCCGAAGUCAUCGGGUCAGUCGGCCCCUCUCGACUGUCUUUCAGAGCCUGCAGCCCCCCAGCCUGUGGAAGUUAAGAAAAAGUACCUCCAACCUCAGUCAGGUUUCACUCGGCGUGGAGGGCUCCACCAUGAGUGGGAGCUUGCAGCGGCGAAAGAAGAGCAAACGAAAGUGGAAGAGGCUGUGGUUCCUCCUCAAAGAUAAGGUGCUCUACACCUUCACAGCCCGCGAGGAUAAAGUGGCUUCAGAAAGUUUGCCUCUGCAGGGCUUCACUGUGAAGUUGACCGAGGGCCCUGAGGAAGAAGGAAGCAGUAGCAGCGUGUUUCAUUUGUACCACAAGAAAACCCUCUACUACACGUUCAAAGCUGAUGAUCAACACACUGCACGCAGAUGGGUCAAUGCCAUUGAAGAAGCCACUGUUUUAUAGCAUCUGCUCAGUUAAACAGAAGCCCUUCUUCCAUUGGCUGCUAGAACUUUGUGAAACACAACAAAACUACCUGCUGCGCCUAAAAACAGACCAUCAGAAAGGAUGCAUCAUAUCUGGUUUUCAGUGGGAUUCAAAGACAAACCACCAAAUGACUUUUUGUAUAGAGGCUGCCACCUUGUGGGUGAAAAAAAGGAACCAAGUAAAGCCAAACCAGGAGGAUUUCAACAUCUAUGGUGAUGAACUGGAUAAAAAUCCUCAAACAUGAACAUUCACCAAGGCCUUCCCUUUCCCAGAGCAGCUUAAACUUAAAUACAUUUAAAAUUUUGAAAAUCUAAGAAGACUUUUAAUGUUGUCAUUUCUACUUAGUUUUUACCUUUUUAAAAAGAUUUCUCAUUUUAACAGAAACAUAUUCAGCUUUGUUGUGUUUAACUAAACAGGAUUUUUCAGAAAAUUAUUUCAAAUAAAGUUUUAGUUUACAAAUAUGAUGUAAACAUACUUUCUAAAACAACAAACUCAAACACUACAGGAAUCUGGUAUCUAUGACAAUGACUUUGGUUUUGGUUUUUAAUUAGGUAGCAGUGUGCAUUUCUACUGUCAUUUUCUAUUGCCUGUUUUGAUGUUUUCAACCAUUUGCAAGGGGAUUUGAUCAAGAAAGGAUUAUUUAAUCCCAGCACACAAAUACAAAUCUUUUUUUUUUUAUUCUUAAAUAAACUUUUUUUUCCAAGACCCAAUAACAGUUUUCUUUGCAGAAGUGUUUGAAACAUUAUGAUCCUUAUAUUUUAUAGGGGACAUUUUUUGCCCCAUUUUGACAGAUAUCUGUGUUUCAAAUUAUAAAUUGUGAAGUAUACACAACAGAUAAUGAAGUCAUAUAUAAAAAUGAUUUAUUUGUAUAAAAUUGUGUUACACAAAACUCCAAGUAGUGAAUUUUUCUGUUCAUGAUUGUAAGUGAACUUUAUACUUUUUGUGUAAUUUUACUCAAUGUCUUUUAAAUUGAAACUGUAAAAUUUCUCCCAGCAUGCCAAUCACUUUUAGAAAUGUAUUUUAAUGGUUAUCUUAUAUACAUAUUUUUUGACAUGCUGAUCUUAAGUGCCAAUUUAUUAUUUUUAUUGAAUGUUGUGCAAUUUGCAAUUAUUAUGAUUGUGCCUGAAAUUCAACUGUAUCUUUGAUUCUUUUCGUUAUCACAGUACUGUAUGGACAGACGUGAUUUGUUUUUUUCUUACAUGUUUCUGUUACUUUACAGUAUUAUCCACAUAUAAAAGAAUAUAUGAUUGUGAUAUUUUAUUAUGGCAUUUUUCUUGAUGUAUGCUGCUGGAUAAAAAUAUAUCCUGUCUGUGUUGGA